AAGACUCGGAGCUCGCACGGCGUUAAUCGCACGCACCGCGCAUUGCAACACCACCGCUCGUCGUACAGGUUGGACUCUCUGAUAGUCGGACUUGGACUUGUUUUUUCCACCCAGGUAUAUAACAAAAUGUUUUCGUAACUCUGCACCACAACGACCACGGCCGUCAUCAUCGUCAUCAUUGCCGCCCGUGUCUGAAGAUGUGAUGCUGGAUUGACUCCGGUGACGGGAUGUGGGCACCUAUCGGCGAGUCGUUUGCACGUGGCGCGUGGUAGUGAGGAUUGAGGUCCCCGGGUGUUGAACGGUGCGAUCAUUGCACAUUGAACUCAAAGAGACUGCGUUAGUCGGCGCUAGUUAGGUGGUUUAGCCACGCACUGACACCCACACACACAAACUAACAAAGACCCUCCUAUAGACUUAACAGACUGAGCAAGUUCUGUUAGCGAGCACCAAUGAAUACACACAUACACUAAGACACACGAACACACAAACAUCGACACUCACACAUUCUCACUCACACUAAUACAUACAUACACAAAAACACACUUAAUACAUACACAUUCACACACGUAUACAUAAAUUCACAUCCUAAUAUAUACAGCAAUAUUAACACAUACUCGCACUCACAUAUGCACAUUAAUACAAACAAAUACGACGUUGCCCCGUGUAGCCUACGCAGAUUGUUGCGUAACAAAUUCUGUUAACGAUCACCUAUUAAGGCCGGAACGGUGCACUCACACCCCUAAAACACAAUACACGCACACCUAUAGCACAACGCACCCCACACACCCUAACACACCACACACACCUAACACACCACACACACCUAACACACCACACACGCAAACCACCCCUAUCACACAAUCACAACACACACACACAUCUAACACACCACACACACCUAACACCACACAUACCUAGCACACACACCACAAACCACCCCUAUCACACAAUCACAACACACAAACCACCCCUACCUAACACACACACCGCACACAUGGCGCGUCGCGUCCCCCAAGUCGCGCGUCUUCUCGCCACCGCCUCGACCGUCGCCCUUUUCAUCCUCGCCACCACCACCGCCGCCGCACGCGCGCGCCCGAGAGCCCCGAAGCCGCCGGUGCCACUGAUGUGCGCCGGACCCACGUGCAGCUGCCACGACCUGGACGUGAAGUGCGAGGGCCAGGGCCUCGACGACCUCUCCCGGCUCGGCGCACCCCCGGAGGGGCCCUUCCGUCUCUUUCUGCAGCGCAACUCGAUGCGGCGGCUGCCCGCGCUGGCGUUCGCUCGCCUGCCCGGGCUCAGCCUCCUCAACCUCGCCUCCAACGGCCUCGUGCACAUCGCCGAGGGCGCCUUCAGCGGCCUCGCCGAGCUGCGGCGCCUCCACUUGAACCGCAACGCUCUCGAGGAGCUACGCAACGACACCCUGCUGGGCCUCAGCUCCCUCGAGUACCUGCAGGCGGACCACAACCUCCUGCGCACGAUCGAGAGCGGCGCGUUCGCGCGCGCGCCGAAGCUCAGCGUGCUGCUGCUCAACGACAACCAGCUGGAGAGUCUGCCCGCGGGACUCCUGCAGGGCUCCGCGGCUCUCACGGCCCUGGACCUCAGGGGAAACCGCCUUAAGGCUUUACCGUUGAGUGGAAUCCUCGAUUGCCUGGGUCACCUGGCUCAAGUGCAGCUCUCCGACAACCCAUGGGACUGCUCUGCUUGCAGCCACGACUCCCCUCAUAUCUCCUCCUCAUCCUUCUCAUCCUCCUCGUCAUCUUCGUCAUCUCCGGUGCUCCCCUUGUGGGACUGGCUGCAGCAGAGGCCUGAGACAGCAGAGGUGGCGGCGGGCUCUUUCGACUUCCCACGGUGCUGGUGGCCUCCGUCGCUCCGCAACGCGAGCCUGCGCGACGUCCCCAGGUCCCACCUGGCUUGCCCUGUGGGCCUUCAAGCACCGCAAGGCAAAUCCUCUCCCGCCGAGGGUGACGCCGACGGGCAACAGCAGCGGCCCCAGCGGCCCCAGCGGCCCCAGCGGCCCGACGCCUGCCCGGCCGCAUGCCACUGCAGCCCCUUGACCGAGGAGGAUGCCGGCAACGCCGUCUUCUGCCGAGAGCGCGGCCUGGCCGCUGUGCCGCGGUUCUGGCCGACGCAGGCGCCCGAGGCCAGGAGGCUCGACCUGAGCUGGAACCUCAUCGAGGAGGCGUCGCCCGACGACUUCGAGGGCCUCGGCAGCCUCCUGGAGCUCGACCUGUCCCACAACCGCGUGGCGGGCCUGCGCCCCGGCACCUUCUCGCGGCUGCGCUCCCUCCGGCGCCUGCAGCUGAGCGGCAACGCGCUCACCAGGCUGGGGCCUGGCGUCUUCGCGGGCCUCGCCUCGCUCACGUUCCUCGAUAUCGAGCGUAACGCCAUCCGGGAGGUGGGCGCCGGGGCGCUGGCCGAGCUGCCCGCUCUGCGGCAGCUGAAGCUCGCGCGCAACCUCCUGCACGAGCUGCCGCCGGCGGCGCUGCAGGGCCCAGUGGAGCUGGCGCGCCUGGACGUGCGCGGGAACCGGCUGAGCGUGCCGCCCGUGCGGGGCCUGGGCGCCGCGGUGCAGCUGGAGCUGCGCGACAACCCCUGGCACUGCGACUGCGCCGUGCGCCGCGACGUCACCCGCUGGGUGGCGGCGUGGAGGCAAGCGGCGCCGCAGGGAGCUCUCUCCGCGAUGCCUCCCGGCGUGAGCGGCGCUCUCUGCGAGGGCCCCGCCGCCAUGGCUGGCCGGUCCCUGGCGUCCCUGCGGCCCGAUGAGCCGUGCGUGGAGGCCCCCACUUCCACGAAAUCUGCUCCCGCUGGACCCCAAGCAGGCACCCCCCGAGCGCCCGAGACCUCCUCCUCCCCCUCGUCGUCGUCACCUCCUCCGGCGGCCGGGCCCGAGACCUCGCUGCCGCUGCACGUGUUCGUGGCGGGCGUGGUGGCCGUGUUCAUCGUGACGGCCGUGGGCACCGCCGGGAUCUUUGUGCUCGCGAUGCGCAGGAAGCAGCAGAAGCAGCAACGGAGUGGGGGGAAGCACCGAGAGUCCAUGGUGGGGGGCGGCAGCGGCGGCGGCAACAACAGCAACAAGGGCUCGGGAGACGCCAACAAGCGCGGGCCAGGGGGGCCCAGGGGCACGCCGACGACGCCGACGGGCCGGCGCGGGGCGGGAAUUGAGGAGGUGGCCCCCUUCCAGGGCCGUGUGGUGCACAACCCCAUCUACAAGCCGCUCCUCGUCAAGGGCUACGGCGACGGAACCGCCGAUGGCCUCUACCCGGGCCUGCUGCUCAAGCACCACGAGCUGCACGGCACCGCCCGCGCCCUCUGCCCCACGCCCCCAACGCCGUGGGCCUGGGCCGGGUCCGCUGUGGCGGUGGACGGGGGCCCGGGGGUACCGGGGGUCGUCCAGGGGUAUGGCGGCGGGCCCAGCUCUGGGCCUGGGUCGGUCCCCGCCAUCACUUGGCAGAAGCUGUAGAAGGGACGUGGGGGUGGUGGUGGUGGCGACCGCGUCUCCUCCUCCCACCGCCCUCCGCCCACCACACCUCAGGGCCCUCCGGUGUUCCCGCCAUCAUUUAGAAUCAAUGUCAAGCGUUUAGAGUAUUUGGUCACUGCUAUAAAUUUCCACGCAAUGAUAAGCCACUUCGUUGAGCUAUCAUUCAUGAUAGCCAGAUCGCUUCUAAAAAGAGCUAGGUAGCUCAGUGGGGCCUUACCUGGUAAAAUAAAAAAAUAGUUUACAGUUUAGUACAACCUGCAGGCUGCCUGCACUCAUCUCCUGCUGCUCACAAUGUUCGCAUUUACAUUGAUUAGUAUCUUUGCUCGAGCUAACGAAACGUGCAUUGGAACACCACACAUAAGGAUCGUAGGUUUUUUGUGUGAACAUGUUGCAUUGUUCCAUUGCGAGAGACGGUGGCAGCUUGGGGAAGCCUCCAUCCAGCAGUAUAUUUUAUCGUGGCUGAUGAUUACGAUGUUACGAUGUAUGUAGCCUAUAGCAGCUGUUGUACCCGUGGCUACACCACUGGAAGUGAGAGUGGAAAAAUCAGGGUGACCCAGGUACACGAGAGUUAGCUUGAGUUGGCUAUACUUGGGAGUCGAGGCGUGAGAGUCUGGGGAAGGGCCGGAGUGUGGGCUCGGCUGGUAGGGCCGCGGUGCAGCAAGAGUCGAGUCUGCUCGGCUCGAGUCCUCCAUCCCCUAACCCCUCUCCAGCAAACAUGCCAACAUAGGGUUAACGUUGGCAUGUGGUUGGAACCAUUUCUGAAAUGUUGGCCCCUUAUUGCCAGCUUUGCCCCUUUCACACGUUUGUUCGUUUUGCACUGCUGCCAUUCACAGCGGCACGAGGGUUUCGCCGGGGUCGUGUUACUGGCAAUGGUUGCAUCUGGCUUUGGAGCGAGCAAAUUCAAGUCAGAUACGUCUCCACGGCACCAAUCUGUCAGCUGCCGCAAUUCAACUGUCAGAAUUCCACGGUCUUUGGUGGAGGCUACUCUACGGAUAGGAUAACCGCAGUUGACCUCUCACAAAGUGCUAUUUGUUUUAGGUACCCCACACAAAUGAUAAGCUGAGCUGACCAGCGACAAGCAAAAUUUUUAUGUGUGACUUACGAUGUUGAUUUGGGUGCUCUGAGCUGAGCUGGCCUGUACUGAUUGGGCCCCCAUGGCUACAAGACAUUGGCCUACGUGGCCACUCACCUCUAAACGUAAAUAUAAACUACAAGUGCCCAGUUUUCAGUCAUGGAGAUGUGACGCCUGUGGCUUUGAUUUCAUUGACAUAACUCAGUAAAUCCUCUUCUUUGUGCUUCUAAAAUUCAACAAAAGCGACGUGGUUGUGGUUGUGUGUGAUAUUUUUUUUACGCGUAGAAGAUCAUUUCCGUUUAACUUACACACGCAAAGACCAAGAGUGCGUGACGUCGCUCGCAUUCGGGAGCGAAUUUAAGUUCCUAAAGAUUGUCGAGUGCAGUUCAGAGAUCAGUGCAGCAGCAUUACGGCUAUCAAGACUUCACUUUAUGUUUUAUAUCUUUGUACCCAAAGUGGCUUACAGCACGGGAAGGGAAGUCGAUUAAAUUAUAGGAAAUGAGAAGUGGGAAUGGGGAAGGGAAGCGAAAAUAGACAUAAUUGGAUAAUAAGAAUAGGAUGGAAAAGGAUCAGAGAAACGGGAGCAAUGGGGAU